AGGAGGCCUCGGCAAGGAGUGUUAAUGUACCGGGGUGAAGCUCUGGAAGAUUUUACAGGCCCGGAUUGUCGUUUUGUGAAUUUUAAAAAAGGUGACUCUGUAUAUGUCUACUAUAAACUGGCAGGGGGAUCGCCUGAAGUUUGGGCUGGAAGUGUUGGGCGCACUUUUGGAUAUUUUCCAAAGGAUUUAAUCCAGGUGGUCCAUGAAUAUACUCAAGAAGAGCUGCAAAUUCCAACAGAUGAGACAGAUUUCGUUUGUUUUGAUGGGGGAAGAGAUGAUUUUGAUAAUUAUAAUGUCGAAGAACUUUUAGGGUUUUUGGAAGUGUACGAUUCUGCCACUGAAGAUUCUGAAGAAGUUAAAGAAAAAACUGCUCAGCAUGUGGAAGAACCUCCUGAAGCAUCUAAUGAAAGUGACGCUGAACCUGAGCCAGGAGAACCCAACUCAGAGGAAAAUGAAAGUGUAUUCUCAGAAAACACUGCUGAACUCAGGGAAAGAUCUGAGGCUCAGAAGAGCCACCCCCAGUUAAACAGUCAAACAGGUCAUGCUCAGGGAGAGCGAACUUCAUUUGAAUCUUUUGGAGAAAUGCUGCAAGAAAAGUUAAAAGUGCCAGAAAGUGAAAGCAACAAAACCAGCAAUAGUUCUCACAUCUCGCGUGAGCAGGAGAAGAUCGAUGCUUAUAAACUUUUGAAAACAGAAAUGACUCUGGACUUGAAAACCAAAUUUGGCUCAACUACCGAUGCACUUGUAUCUGAUGAUGAGACAACCAGACUUGUUACUUCAUUAGAGGACGAUUUUGUUGAGGAUUUGGAUCCUGAGUAUUACACAGUGGGAAAGGAAGAAGAGGAGAGUAAAGAAGACUCUGAUGAGCUGCCGUUACUAACUUUUACAGAUGGAGAAGAUACAAAAACUCCAGGGCACUCUGGAAUUGAGAAACACCCGACGGAGAAAGAGCAGAAUUCACACGAAGAGCAUAAAGUUGAGGAAACUCAGCCCCCAGGCAUCAAAAAGGGUGACAAGAAGAUACCAAAACCCCAGGAAGAUAUUAACUUCUCUGAUGUUACAGAAGGGGAAGAAAACACAGACACAGAUUUAGAGAGUCCCGAGUCAAAGGAAGAGGAUGACCCAUUAGUCGUGGAUAGCAGUUUGGGGAAACCACGACCAGAAGAUCAUAUUGACCCUGAAAAGGCAGCAGACAGCCUUGUGAAUGUAGAAGUCCCUAAAGCAGACAAUGACAACGACUCAGAAGUGGGUGCAGAACUUCACAUUAAAGGCAAGGGGCGGAAAGUUGAGGAACCCAAGAGGGACUUGGUGCAGCAUGAGGUAGGGCUAGAGGAUGAGACAGAAGAAGACCAGACUGUGCAUGGUUCUUCUCACAGUGGCCACCUCAGCUCUUCACCAGCUGCCGAGAAAAGUACAGAAACAUUAAAAUCAGCCUUUGCUAAGCAAGAGACUGUCCUGAAAGGAGCAGCCGUUCACAUCUCAAAAGAAAUGCUUUAUGAAGAAAAGCCCACAGAGCGGAGUUUGGAAGGUGCCUCAGAGAGUGACUCAGUACUUCAAGCAGAAGCGGCAGGGAAUCGAGGGGAGGAAGGAAAGACUGAGCAGGAAUCCAUGGGUGUGGCAGCGCCCUUGGGCAGUCAUCAGCCUAAUGCUUCCAAAGACAGCGUGGAGGAAGUAGACGCUUCAGUAAGUGGACCUAAACCACAAGUGCUUUCCGGGGAGCAUCCGAGCCCAGAACUUAUAAAGGACCGGCUUCUUAAACUUCAAAAUCAGACUAGGUCCUCCUCUCCAGAUGACACCGGCUUGUCCGGAGACCGGGAAGAAGAGGGUCCCGUUCUGGAAAGAAAUCUUUCCUGGCAACAAGGAGAUGUGGCUGCCGCAGUUCAUAAGCAAGUGAGCGAGAAGAGAAAGCUCUCUGAGGAAGAGGUCACCAGGGUCACCAAGGAUGCCUCGGAUGAAGGGCAGGAAGUAGGAAAAACAGGCCCAACCGAUAGCACAGGAGGACGAGGCUUCCACCCAAAAGAACCAAACCCAGAAGAUGACGAUUACAGCCCUGAAGAACUCCUGGAGGAUGAAAAUGCUAUAAGUGCGAUGCAGUCUAAAGAAAAAAGCCCUGAGAUUCAGGAUAAGAGGUUAGAUGUUGACCUGCAAAACCCUGAAAAACCUGUUUCAGGUGCCAUUAAGACUGAUCCAGAAACUGAAAAAAACAAAGAAGCAGCUAGUCAUAUAUCGGAAAAUGAAAGAAAAAAUGAGACUGCAGGUAAAGGGGUAGACAGUCUGGGCAGGGACCCAGGUGGUCCGGUGGUGGAAAAAGAAGGAAGCUCUCCUCUGCAUCAGGAGGCAGAGAGACCCUCUGAAGGAAGUGACUUUCCUGGCAAGAAAGAAAAUCAGACUCCAGAGUCGGGUGAAGUGUCUCAGAAGAAAGAUCCCUAUUAUCUUAAAGAAGACAACCAUGAGGGCCACCCAGAGACCUCAGGGCUCACGGAGAAGCCUGGGGUAGAAGCCUCGAAAGAGGACGAGGAGGACGUAGAGAAAUUCGUGGGCCCGGGAAGCCGGGGGUCUGCCUCCGGGGACCAUGACGAUGACUCAUUCCCCUGGGCUCCACAGGCCCCCGUGCAGCCUGAGGCGAGUGUCCGUUCGGAGGACUUGCCCAUACUCAGCAGCUUCUUUAAAGAUCAGCAGUCUCUGCAGCGAUUCCAGAAGUACUUUGACAUCCACAAGCUGGAAGCCAUGUUCCAGGACAUGUCAUCCAAGCUGAAGUCAGCGCAGCGCGAGAGCCUGCCCUAUAACGUGGAGAAAGUCCUCGAUAAGGUCUUCCGUGCUUGGGAGUCUCACAUUCUGACGGAGGCAGAGAACAUGCUCGAUGCUCGCGUGACAGAAGACGGAGACCUGGAAACGAAGGACAGUAGCAUCUUUGAGGAGGCGGCGGUGCUCGAUGAUGUUCAAGACCUGAUCUAUUUCGUCAGGUACAAACACUCCACGGUGGAGGAGACUGCUCCCCCGGCAGCGGCACAGCCUGUAGAGGGAGGCUGGGAUGGACCGGCGGAAGACACCCAGCCACCACUGGAGGAGAACUUCCCACAGGAGGACACGGAAGUUCCUCUGAUGCAGGUUCCCAAAGAGCCCGGCCAUUUGGAUCAAACCAUGACCAGGGACAUGGGUACCCCAGGAGUCACCCAGAAACCGAAAACUGAGGAAGAUGGAGACCCAGGGAUAAUUACACCAGAAAGCACUCCUGUCGAUGCUGUGGAUGCCCCAAAGCAGCUGGCAACAAAUACUGAAGAACCAGCAAGUGUCACGCCCCUGGAAAAUGCAGUUGUUUUCAUAUACUCACUCAUGUUUCAUUUAACUAAGACGCUCCUUGCUACAUUGCCUGAGGAUGUCCAGCCUGGGCCUGAUUUUUAUGGACUGCCGUGGAAGCCUGUACUUAUCACUGCCUCCUUAGGAAUUGUUUCAUUUGCCGUUUUCUUCUGGAGAACCGUCCUUGCUGUAAAGAGUAGAGUAUAUCAAGUCACUGAACAGCAAAUUUCUGAGAAGUUGAAGAAUAUCAUGAAAGAAAACGCAGAACUUGUACAAAAAUUGUCAAGUUAUGAGCAGAAGAUCAAGGAAUCAAAGAAACAUGUUCAAGAAACCAAGAAACAAAACAUGAUUCUUUCUGAUGAAGCAAUUAAGUUUAAGGAUAAAAUCAAGAAUCUUGAAGAAACUAAUGAAAUUCUGGGAGACACAGCUAAAAGUUUACGCGCUAUGUUAGAGUCCGAGAGAGAACAGAAUGCCAAGAAUCAGGACUUGAUAUCAGAAAAUAAGAAAUCUAUAGAGAAGUUAAAGGAUGUUAUCUCAGUGAAUGCCUCAGAAUUUUCAGAGGUUCAAAUUGCCCUUAAUGAAGCUAAACUUAGUGAAGAGAAAGUGAAGUCUGAAUGCCAUCGGGUUCAAGAAGAAAAUGCUAGACUUAAGAAGAAGAAAGAGCAGUUGCAGCAAGAAAUCAAAGACUGGAGUAAAUCACAUGCUGAGCUCAGUGAGCAAAUCAGGUCGUAUGAGAAGUCUCAGAAAGAUCUAGAAGUGGCUCUCACUCACAAAGAUGACAAUAUUAACGCUUUGACUAAUUGCAUUACACAGUUGAAUCGGUUAGAUUGUGAAUCUGAAUCUGAGGAUCAAAAUAAAGGAGGAAAUGACUCAGAUGAAUUAGCAAAUGGAGAAGUGGGAGGUGACCGGAGUGAGAAGGUGAAAAAUCAGAUUAAGCAGAUGAUGGACGUUUCUCGGACACAGACUGCAAUAUCAGUAGUUGAAGAGGAUCUAAAACUUUUACAGUGUAAACUCAGAGCCUCUAUGUCCACUAAAUGUAACCUGGAAGACCAAAUAAAGAAAUUAGAAGAGGAUCGCAGCUCACUUCAGUCUGCCAAAACUGUGCUGGAAGAUGAAUGCAAAACACUAAGGCAGAAAGUAGAGAUUCUAAAUGAACUCUAUCAGCAGAAGGAGAUGGCUCUACAGAAGAAAUUGAGUCAAGAAGAGUAUGAGCGGCAAGAGAGAGAGCAGCGGCUGUCAGCUGCAGACGAGAAGGCGGUUUUGGCGGCAGAGGAAGUGAAAACCUACAAGCGGAGAAUUGAAGAAAUGGAGGAGGAACUACAGAAAACGGAGCGCUCAUUUAAAAACCAGAUUGCUACUCAUGAGAAGAAAGCUCACGAUAACUGGCUCAAAGCACGUGCUGCAGAAAGAGCUAUAGCUGAAGAGAAAAGAGAAGCUGCCAACUUGAGACAUAAAUUAUUGGAACUAACCCAAAAGAUGGUAAUGAUGCAAGAAGAACCUGUGAUUGUAAAACCAAUGCCAGGAAGGCCCAACACACAAAACCCUCCACGGAGAGGUCCCCUGAGCCAGAAUGGCUCUUUUGGCCCAUCUCCUGUGAGCGGUGGAGAAUGCUCCCCACCGCUGACAGCAGACCCACCGGCAAGACCUCUGUCUGCUACACUUAAUCGAAGAGAGAUGCCUCGAAGUGAAUUUGGAUCAGUGGAUGGGCCUCUCCCUCGAUCUCGAUGGGCCUCUGAGGCAUCUGGGAAACCCUCUGCCUCUGAUCCAGAAUCCGGCGCUGCUCCUACAGUGAACAGCAGCUCCAGAAGCUCUUCACCCUCUAAGGUGAUGGAUGAGGGCAAGCAAACUGUUCCCCAAGAGCCUGAAGGCCCUUCAGUUCCCAGCAUUCCUUCUUUGGCUGAGCAUCCAGUAUCAGUUAGUAUGGCUGCAAAAGGGCCCCCUCCCUUCCCAGGGGCACCCCUCAUGAGCUCCCCCGUGGGAGGCCCGCUCCUGCCGCCCAUCCGAUACGGACCACCUCCUCAGCUCUGUGGGCCUUUCGGACCUCGGCCACUUCCUCCACCCUUUGGUCCUGGUUUGCGUCCACCGCUAGGCUUAAGAGAAUAUGCACCAGGUGUUCCACCACCGGGAAAACGGGACCCGCCUCUUGAUCCUCGAGAAUUUUUACCACCAGGACAUGCACCUUUUAGACCUUUAGGCUCUCUUGGCCCAAGAGAGUACUUUAUUCCUGGUCCCCGAUUACCACCCCCAACCCAUGGGCCCCAGGAUUAUCCACCUUCCUCUGCUGCAAGAGACUUACCACCCUCCGGCUCCAGAGAUGAGCCCCCGCCUGCCCCUCAGGGCACUAGCCAGGACUGCUCACCGGCUUUAAAACAGAGCCCAUAACUGACCUUGGACAUUCAGUCUGAGAGAAAGUGGACUGUGCACUAUUCGUUACAGUUACGGUUUUCAUUGGCUUCAAAAUCCAAAAUCUGAUUUUAAAAGGUUUGUUUUUAAGCUGCCCUGGCAGUGUGCAUUUUUGAGCCAAACAAUUAAAAAAAUAUCAUUUCCCCCCUAAAAUACAAAACCACCUUGUAAGCUGGAGCCUCCUUCCAACUUUGAAAUGUGCAAUAAAAAAAUACCUGUGUUUUAGUUCAUGUAGCAUAUGUUAUUGCUAAAUGAUUUAGAAUGUUGUGAAAAGUAUGAACAUUUCCUGUGGAAAUGCUAUAAGAACAUGUAUUUCCAUUUAUUAUCCUAUUUUUAGUGUACACCAAUUGAAUAUAGAGCAAUGGUAUUUAUAAGCUUGAUUUUUAAAAAAUAUCUGGUCGCAAAGGCUGUUACGCUAAAAAUGUUUACUUAAAGAUCACUAAAAUUUUAUCUCCCCUCUUGCUUAAGUUCUUUGUAGUAAUAGUUCAUAAAAAUUUGGUUAUUAAUAUUUCCCAAGUGUCUGUUGACUCAUUGGAUUGUUUUCUCCUGAGAUUUAUACCAUUUUGGAAACACGUAAACUCAAGCUCCCAAAACUGAAGAUGGUGACCCACUGCUCAGGCAUUCAACCUCAGAGUCACCGGGAAGCAUCACAACUGAUGCCUUCCUUCUACUUCAGAGAAGUCAGCGGGCCUAUUUGGACAGCACUCAUGUGCUUUCUCGUGACUCUGAUUGGUUUUGACUUAAGACUGGUUUUCUGAGUAUGAGUUUACAUGUAAUAAGAGUUGUUUAACCUGAUGUUCUGUUGCUUUUACUGUUACUAUGUUAAGGGUGCGUAACAGAAAAAUGAAAAUGUGUUGCGACCAUAAAGUAAGAAAAUUUCUUUUAA